GUUAGUGUAGAGAGGCAGAGGUAGAGUGCUACUAGCCAGACUUUUCUUUUCCUAACAACCAUGAAAAACACAUACUGCAUUUUAAUGUUCUUUCAGCUGCUCUCCCUAACUGGGUCUUCUGAGAGUGGUAUAGUGGGUGGCAGAGUCGCAAAGCCUCACUCCAGACCUUACAUGGCAUCUCUCCAAGUUAAUGAGCAUCAUACAUGUGGCGGGAUACUUAUCCGAGAGGAUUUUGUGCUAACAGUAGCCCACUGCAGAAAGUACGUCGGAUCAGAUGGCAUGACCGUGGUACUUGGAGCACAUGACCUACGCAAGAACGAGAAGAGUCAGCAACGGAUCAAAGUGGCUGAAUUCCAUCCACAUCCCUGUUUCAAUGGAGAGUACGACAAUGACAUCAUGUUACUCAAGUUAAAGAAAAAUGCCACACUGAACAAGUAUGUGAAGAUCAUUGGAUUACCCAAAAAAGAUGGGAAGAUCCCUGCAAACAUUAACUGUACUGUUGCUGGCUGGGGGGCCACAGGAGCCAACAAGCCUUCAUCAGACGUACUAAGGGAGACCACCGAAAAGAUUCAAUUUGACAAGGAGUGCAAAAGUAAAUGGCAAAAGUACUUCAACAGCCGUCACAUGAUCUGCACCAAGUUUGAUAAAAAGAAGGGAGGAGUUUGCCAGGGGGAUUCAGGUGGACCACUAAUCUGCAACAGCAAACCUCAGGGUCUAACAGCUUUCACCAAACAAGAUGAUUGUAAUGAUCCCAAGUAUCCUCAUGUCUUCACUAAGACCCAGUUCUUUAUUCCAUGGAUUAAGUUGGUGCUUAAAUAG